AAUCUGUUUGUCUCUGUGCAGCAAGCCACACAACAAGAACAGCAGCAGCAGCAACAGCAGCCAUGAAGUUUCAAGCUCUUUUCUUCCUUCUGCUCCUCACCAGCAUGUACCUGAGUCUGGCACAAGGCUCAUAUGGUAACUGCUGCCUUGGCUAUGUUCGGCGAAUUAAAGCAAAUGUAAAGAAAAACAUCGAAAGUUACAGGAUGCAGGAAACAGAUGGUGAUUGCAACAUCAGAGCUGUUGUGUUUCUGGUGAAGAGGAGGCGUUCACAAAAAGAUAAAAAACAACGGACUGUCUGUGCCAAUCCACAUGAUGGUUGGGUCCAGGACAUGCUUAAGACUGUGGCUAUUCAAUAGG